GGGCCGGGCCGUCUGCAUAAAAUCUCGAGCCGCGGAUUCAAAGUUAAACGUUAAAAAUAGCCCCUGCGCUACUGGUGCGAACUUUGAUUCGAAACGACAUCGGUACAAAGUCCACUCCAACGUACUCGAACACUGGUUGGAGCUAGCUAGUAGACAUGAAUUGAGUAAACAAAAUUGAUAUAUUGUUUUUCAUAUAAUACACUUGGAAUAGAACGUGCUGAUGCAAGCAUAAUGAUCUACUAAAAAUUAGUAAAAUAUUGCGAUGGCUCACCGGUAAACUAUAUUUUGAUGUUUACGGUUUCAUACUUGUAUUUGGUUGGAGUGGAAGAGGUCUAAUAUACACGGCGCCAAAAUGAACGGGAAGAGAGUGGCUAUCAUAGGAGCUGGAGUUUCCGGUCUUGUUGCGAUAAAAACAUGUCUCGAGGAAGGGCUACAACCCGUGUGUUUCGAAAAGGUCAAACAACUAGGUGGCACCUGGGUUUACAAUGAAGAAGUAGGAUCCGAUCCGACCGGACCAGCUGGUAUCUAUGAUGGACUCGUCACAAACGUGAACAAGGAGAUGAUGGCUUUCAGUGAUUUCUCAUUUCAAAGACACAUUCCACCAUAUCCAUUGAGGGAAGACGUAAGGAAUUAUUAUAUUAGGUACGCUGAGGAGUUUGAUCUGAUCAAGCAUAUCCAGUUCAACACAACAGUCGUAGAGGUAACGAAGACUCCAGAUUUUCGCGAAACGGGAAGAUGGAAUGUGUGUACCCAACACGAGGAUGGGCAGCCCCAAUCAGAGAUAUUUGAUGCUGUUAUGGUAUGUACCGGAAUGUACUCGUCCGGUAUAGUUCCGAAUUACCCUGGUCAAAAUGAGUUCCGUCGUCAAAUUUUACAUGGCAGUCAAUUCAGAUGUGGGCAAAACUUCAAAGACAAGACAAUCCUAGUCGUUGGGGCUUCACAUUCUGCCGGAGAUAUUGCCAUUCUGAGUAGUGAUCAUGCUAAGAAGGUAUACAUCAGUAUGCGGGAUGGUGCUUGGAUUGUGCCCCGCAUUAUGGGCAGGAUGCCCACUGACGCAUACGUUAAUCAAAGAUGGAGAGAUCUGAUUCCUAGCUGGAUCUUCAAACCUUUGAUAGGGAUCAAAAUGCAGUCCUUGCUAGACUGGAGAGCACUCGGGAUUCAGAGCAGCAAGCAUCCCGCCAAUAGCAACAGCGUCAUGAUAAAUGACCAACUCCCUAUGAAGAUCAUGAGCGGGCAGGUGGUGGUCCGGAGUGGUCUUCAACGGUUCGAAGGGUCUAGGGUCAUCUUUGAUGAUGGUUCUUACUUGGAUGAUGUAGAUUGUGUCGUUUACGGUACGGGGUACAAUCCAGCAACUCCAUUCCUGAAGGAAAAUAUAUUGGGUAACUCGAAUCAAUUAGAGCUUUACAUGCACGUCAUACCACCCAGGCUUGCACACCCUACGCUUGCGGCCAUUGGUUACAUCCGGUCACGUGGUGCAGUAGGACCGACGGCGGAGCUGCAAGUUCGGUACGCCCUCAAGGUGUUCAAGAAAGAGGUUGAACUACCAAGUCAUCAAGACAUGAUGGCGGACGUGACAAGAAGAAAGGACGCUGUCGUCAAACAGUAUGGUGUAAACCAACCUAAGAUCCUCCCGACUACCUACAACGACGAGCUUGCUCGAGCAAUCGGGGCUCUACCAAGUUUCUGGAGUCUGCUCUUGUCAGAUCCGAAACUGGCUUACCACUUUUACUUUAGUCCAGCAUUUCCACCUUGGAACAGAAUGGUAGGUCCACACUCUAGACCAGAUGCCCGCCAAAGGAUCCUCCAAUGUAGAGAAGAUCUCCUACAUGGGAUAGCAUUGAAAACGGUUCGCCCUGGAGCACUAAAACGUUUGGAAGACGUCGACAGAAACAGGACUGUAUUGAUUAUGCUUCUCGUUUUAUGUUUCUUGGGUUUCCUCUUAGCAGUGGUAUUUUAGAAUACAUUAGAUAAAUUUUGGUGAAGGUGAUUUUAAUCUCUUACUGAAAAAGAGCUCUACUGAAAAAGGAAAAUGUCCAUAGGACAGUCGACUAUCAUCAUCAUGUAUAAUGUCAAUGUAUGAUGGCUUCCUGGAAAUCAUGGAACAGGGGCAAUGCCUUUACUCGAUCCUAGUCGACUGUGCCCCCAUCCAGCCUUUUCAAACAAGUGUCGAGUAUGCUGGAUGCAUUCCCAAGGGACUGUAGGAUUUUGAGAUUUCCAAACAUAAGUACAACAUCAUUUUCUUUUAGUACCGGUAUACUUUUGUUACAGUAUAAUUUUACUAUUUCACACGCAG